UUAGAAUUCAAAUACUCUGUGACGCCAUAGCGAGUUAGAGGAGCUCAUCUUCUUCAAUUAUCUGGACGUUGAGCUUUCAGAAAGCUUGAGAGAGAUGUCCAAUGUAACAGUUUGUGCUCGCUUCCGACCUUUAAGUUCGAAAGAGAUAAAAGAUCAUGGUGAUUCAACUUGCAUCCAGCUUCUUGAUGCUGAAUCUUUUGUUUUCAAGGAUGAGAAGGGAGAAGACUCCACAUUCCGUUUUGAUCGGGUGUUCUAUCAAGAAUCUGAGCAAUCUGAUGUUUAUGAAUUUCUUGCUCUGCCUAUUGUGAAAGAUGCUGUUAAUGCAGUAAAUGGAACAAUCCUUGCUUAUGGACAGACAGGAGCAGGGAAGACAUAUAGCAUGGAGGGUGCAAAUAUCUUUGGUUGUGAUGGGAAUACAAAAGGACUGCUACCACGAGUUGUGGAUGAAAUAUUCGAGUGUCUCACAUGUGCUAAUGUGAUGACAGUUUACACUGUCAAGUUGUCAAUGGUGGAGAUCUAUAUGGAGAAAGUAAGGGAUCUUUUGGAUUUUUCUAAAGACAACUUACAAAUCAAGGAGGAUAAAGUGCAGGGAAUACAUUUAUCAGGAGUAACUGAGAUCUCUAUAUCAGACCCUGCAGAAGCCCUGCAAAACUUAUCGGGUGGAAUUGCUAACCGGGCAGUUGGAGAGACAAAUAUGAACAUGGCCAGUAGCAGAAGUCACUGUGUAUACAUUUUCACAAUUCAACAGGAACAACAUAGGAGAGUCAAAAUUGGCAAGCUGGUUCUCGUGGACUUAGCUGGUUCAGAGAAAAUUGAGAAAACUGGCGCUGAAGGGAAGGUUCUUGAAGAAGCGAAGACAAUCAACAAGUCCCUCUCAGCCCUUGGGAAUGUAAUCAAUGCUCUGACCAGCGGCACACAAGGCAAACUGAACCACAUUCCGUAUCGUGAUUCCAAGCUCACUAGGAUUCUACAAGAUGCUCUUGGAGGGAACUCCCGAACUGCAUUGCUAUGUUGCUGCUCACCAAGCACCUUAAAUGCAUCAGAAAGCCUCUCCACCCUUCGCUUUGGUGCAAGGGCAAAGCAUAUAAAGACAUCACCACGUGUAAAUAUCAUUAAAUAUAAAAAUGGAAAGGAGCAACUGGAACCGUCUCCAACUAAAGAUGAGUCAUGUGAGAGGACACUGGACAAGUCAAGGGAGAAGCUGAAGGUUGUAGAUGUGAAGCUGGAGGAAGUGUUGCUUAUAUCCUCUGAUAGUAGUUCAGUCAAAUUCGUGGAAUCAGCUUAUGAAUAUGAAGCCUCUGAAACAAUUUCCAUGUUGCAACGAGAUGUGGAAAAGCUUGAUUGCACCGUUAGAAUGGUAAAAAGAAGUCUUAAUUCUCACCUGAGAAACUCCAAAGACAAAUUUCUAUUUGACAAACUUAAUCCCAUUGCCUCUUUGUUGCGUGGAUUUCAGCUUAAGAGAGAGAACAGACUUCUCAAGGCCAAACACGUAGUGCUUCAGACCAUCAUCAAUUCAUACAAAGAAAAUGAAAGAAAAUAUAAAGAAAAUGAAAGAAAAUAUCUCUCUGUGAUCUUGUGUAUAGUAUUGUUUUUCUUUUUUUAUCUUAGUUUCGAUUAACUUUACAACUUAGUGAAAUAAGAAUGACAUUGCCAGGUCUGUAAAAACUCUUGAGAAUCUGUAUCCAUCCAAAAUACAUACAGUAAUGAGUU